GCGGCUCGGGGGGCAGUUAGAGGAGAGGAGCCGCGCGGGCUUAGAGCUGCCGUAUGCGCUUGUGUGGACCUAGGCGACCCGACCAGAGGCUGAUUGUGGGGGGAAAGCCACUCUCAAGCGAAUGAAGAAACAUCUAAUCUUCCACUUCACGUACAGAGGACUUCUCACGAAAGGAAAAAAAAGCAAGAGGAGAAAAUGGAGUAUAAAUUGCGAAAAGCUGAACCCAAGGACGUGCCCGAUAUCUUACGACUGGUGAAGGAACUUGCCAAAUAUGAAGAAAUGGAAAACCAGGUGACGCUCACAGAGCAAGAUCUCCUGGAGGACGGUUUCGGGGACACUCCGUUCUAUCACUGCGUCAUCGCCGAGCUGCAGCCGCCGACAACAGACGGUGUGGAGGUGGUGGGCUUUGCCAUGUACUACUUCACCUAUGACCCAUGGGUCGGGAAGCAGCUGUACCUGGAAGACUUCUUCAUCACCCAACAGUACAGAGGUCUGGGGAUCGGCUCUCACAUCAUGAGGCAUCUCAGUGACCUGGCGAUGAAGACGCGCUGCAGUGGGAUGAUGUUCGUGGUGGCCGAGAACAACGAGGCUUCGAUUCAGUUUUACAAACGAAGAGGAGCCGAGGAUCUGUCCCAAGAGGAAGGAUGGAGACUGUAUCGCUUCGACAAGGAGAGCCUCGUCAAGAUGGCCUCUGCCCGAGAAGAGUGAGGGAUGAGGAGAGAGGAGGAGAGGAGAGAGGAGAGAAGAGAUGUGACUGAAGACAGGGAGGAGGAGGAAGGAGGGGAAAUGCACCACUUCAACAAGGAGAGAUGGAGGAGUGAGGGAAGGAGACGAUGAAAGAGGAGAGAGCGGGGUGGGUGAAAGAGAGAGGGAGGAGAGGACAGAGGGAGGAGAGGAGGACAGAGGGAGGAAGAGAGGAUGGGGGAUGGGGACAGAGUUCAGGAAAAAGGGAAAAGUGUUUUAUUUGUAGUCAUAGUUUUAGAUGUAUUUUUACUAAACUUUGUGAGUGUUUCUCUGUGGGACUCAAAGCGACUGAGGAGUUAGGAGUUAGGAGUUAGGAGUGAGGAGUUAGGAGUGAGGAGUUAGGAGUGAGGAGUUAGGAGUGAGGAGUUAGGAGUGAGGAGUUAGGAGUGAGGAGCGAGUAAAGGGGAGUGUCUCAGGGUGCAGCAGGUGCCCUCUAACCCCGAGCUCAGCGGUUCUGUGUUCAUCGAUGUUCAUAAACCUGAUGUAUCUGAUAUAAAACCAUCUUAAUAAAACUGUUUAAUCGAC